AUGGAUCCCUCAGAACUCUCGUGGAAGCAAUGGCUCUUCCUCACUUUGACGUUGUAUUUUAUAUAUAAGUGGUUCUUGAAGAGACAUCCGCUCGACCACAUCCCAACAAUAGGCUACUCCUCCCACCUCUUCUCCUUCUUUUCUGCGAUCCGAUGGAUCUGGGCGGGUAAGGAGAUUGUGUUGGAGGGUUAUGCAAAGUACCCAGACAGAGCAUUUAAAGUCCCCUUACUAGAAAGCUGGCUCGUCAUCGUCAACGGCCCCAAGUUGGUGGAUGAUAUGCGGAGAGCGAGUGAAGAGUAUAUUUCGUUUACUAGGAGUAUUUCUGGGUUCUUCCAAUUUGAUUAUACAUUCGGACCACAAGUCUCCCGAGACCCGUAUCACAUCCACAUUCUACGCAGCCAGCUUGCGAGGAAUGUGGAGCCUUGUUUUGAGGAUAUCAAGGAGGAGAUGGUGUUGGCUUUUGAUAAGGCCGUUCCGCUUCCGAGUCAGGGGGAAGAAUGGGUGACGUUACCCGCGUAUGAUACCUCCCUAGAGAUUGUAUCCAAGAUAUCUGCGAGAUUUUUUGUUGGGCUUCCGCUUUGUGAGAACGAAGAAUACCGUCUUUUAUGCGUCCAUGCUACCAUGGAGAUCGUCAAAUCGCGGAUCCUCAAUUUCUUGCCUGUUUUCUUGCGGCCGUUAGGAGGCAGGAUCUUUACCGAUAUCCACGGAACAGUUGAAAGGACGAAGAGGCUCAUGGCUCCAUUGGUCGAGGAGAGGCUUAAGCAAGAGAGGUUGCAUGGUCGUGAUUGGCCUGGUAAACCUAAUGACCUCCUCUCAUGGCUGUUAGACGGUCACCCUAGACCAGAAGAACGUACCGUACACGAUCUAGAUGUACGCACGCUCCUGGUCACAUUUGCCUCCAUCCAUACCACGUCUCAGGCAUUUACGCAUGCACUGUACGACUUGGCUACUAAACCAGAGUACAUCCAACCCAUGCGCGAAGAGAUCGAAGCGCUCAUUGAGAAUCAGGGAUGGACGAAGAAUACGGUUACUAAGAUGUAUAAAGUUGAUAGCUUUUUGCGCGAGUCGCAAAGGUUUGACGGGAUGGCUGUUGUAUCUCUUGGAAGAAAAGUACUCAAAGACUUCACACUCUCUGACGGGACGUGUAUCCCUGCUGGCAGCUCGCUCAGCGCAAACUCGUGGUCGGUGCACCACGACGAGGCGCACUACGCCAACGCGCAUGUGUUUGAUGGGUUCCGAUUCGUUCGGGAGGGGGGUUUGAAGCAGCCACUUAUGGCUAUUCCAACUUUGGAUUAUAUGGCGUUUGGGCAUGGGAGGCCAACUUGCCCUGGACGUUUCUUCGCAGUCACGGAGCUCAAGUCGAUGCUUGCGCAUGUAAUUUUGAACUAUGAUGUCAGGUUGGAGAAUGGGGGCCCUCGUCCGGCGAAUAUGUUUAUUGAGAGUAGUGUUGUGCCGGAUAGGAAUGGGAGGGUUAUGUUUAGGAGGAGAAAGGCUGCCGCUGCUUGA